CUUAUGGCACACCAACAAACAGUAUGUGAAGGCCCGAUUAGCUUUGCGAUAGCGAUGCACAGCGACGAGAGCCGCGCGACACUUCGGCAAGCCCUCAGGGCCUUUGGCCUCGCUGACGCGGAAGUUGAAUGCUUUACCGACGCUGACAUAGACUUCCUGUUAUUUCACGGCUUCAAGACCCUUGAAAGCCUUGGCUGGGCUCGCCCACGCCUUCUUUAUGAGGGCGGGGUGCGGCCGGUCCUUGUGGGCUAUAUCAAGCAAGCGAUAGGUGCGCUGGCAUUGUGAGCACUUACACAAGGGUAUCGCGAAGCAGCGGCCUGUCCGAGGGAGCCUUCAAGGACGGUCAGGCGCUGUAGCUUCCACGCGCUCUGGGCCCGCCGUUCUGACAUAUGCCGCACGCACGGUCCUUACAUGCAUGAAUGCAGAGCGCGCAGCGGCGGCGGCAGAAUCAGGGCCAGCAGCGCCUGCUCCCUCGGACACUGGUGCCCGGGACCAGCGCGGCGCUGCUGUGACGGGCGCGUCAGAAUUCUGGUGGAGCGCCUGGCUACCCUCCGCGUCGGUACGGGGCGCGCAACCGCCGGAGCAUCAGCCUCAGCAGCCGGCGUCUUCUUCAUCAGCAGUGGGCCCGGUCGCACAGACGACGGCGGCGUUUGCGAUAGCGAUGCACAGCGAGGAGAGCCGCGCGACACUUCGGCACGCCCUCAGGGCCUUUGGCCUCGCUGACGCGGAAGUUGAAUGCUUUACCGACGCUGACAUAGACUUCCUGUUAUUUCACGGCUUCAGGAACCUUGAAACCCUUGGCUGGGCUCGCCCACGCCUUCUUUAUGAGGGCGGGGUGCGGCCGGUCCUUGUGGGCUAUAUCAGGCAAGCGAUAGAGCGCGCAGCGGCGGCGGCAGAAUCAGAGCGCGCAGCAGCGGCGGCAGAAUCAGGGCCAGCAGCGCCUGCUCCCUCGGACACUGGUGCCCGGGACCAGCGCGGCGCUGCUGUGACGGGCGCGUCAGAAUUCUGGUGGAGCGCCUGGCUACCCUCCGCGUCGGUACGGGGCGCGCAGCCGCCGGAGCAUCAGCCUCAGCAGCCGGCGUCUUCUUCAUCAGCAGUGGGCCCGGUCGCACAGACGACGGCGGCCUCGCAUGUUUCGCCCGCCGGGCACGUUCCUGACGUGGACUGCACAAACUUGUCACCGCAGCAGCAGCGGCUGUCAGCCACCUGCCGCCGGCGCCGCGCGCAUUUAGCGGACCCUGGCCAGCAGUAGUACGAGGGUGUUCCUUCAUGAGGGGGCAGGGGCGUCAGUUUGCGUGCCUUGGAGAAUGUUGCCAUCGUGUAGACGUACACUGACUUGCGCUUAAUGCGCAUAAUGCGUGUGUGGCGUUCGCCAUGCGCGCGGCACAGUGUGCCGCGCGCAUGGCGAACGCCACACACGCAUUAUGGCACUGUGCCGCGCGCAUGGCGAACGCCACACACGCAUUAUGGCACGAGGAUCGGCUGGGUUGGGCGGCUAUGGGGUUAAUUGCCCAGCCUAUAGCACGGCGCAUCGUUGUCAUCAAUCGCGAAUUUGGUAGCGGAUCGUAAAUUCGUAAUGGCUGGCCAGCAGGGGCUGCUUGCAUGCUGCAGCCAGCGCCCGACCAUCCGCACGCGCGCGUCGUCUCAUGCAUAGUAGUCUUGUAACUGGCGCUCCCAUUUGACAUGUGUUCUUCCCCUGGGCGACAGGAGUGUGACAGGCGUGCAUUUUGCGCGUGGAGUGACGGAGAACGUGUCUGGGGCAGGUUGGCGCGGAACGGUGUAUUGCAUGGGAUGCCGGAGUACGGGAGAAGAGAGCAGAGAGAUGCUAGGUCGCUUGAGAUACUUGAGAGAGCGGCUAAUGCGCAUGCGCCGUCUCAUUCCGAUGCUGGACUCGGACUCAAGCUCGGACUGCUCUAUAUGGAACGUGUAUGGGGUCCCACCAUUUCCCAUAGGAUGCUGGACAUGGGGCCCCUCCGCCCUCCCGCCCCAAUGCCUAAUGAGCCAUAUAAGCUG